UACAAUUUUAAGAACCACUGAGUUUUCUUAUCAAAUAUUGCUAGCGAAACGUAUGUAAAGUACUAAAAUAUCAUAUUUUUAUUAUUAUUAAUAUUAAGAAAUAUAUAGUUUGUUAAGUACUUGUAUUAUUCUAAAUGAAAUACAUUUCCAUGUGAUACCCUUAAUGUUUUAUUACUUACGAAAUACUCAACAAUGUUUCUUACUAAUGUGUUGCUGAAAAAAGUUAAGUCCAAACACACCAUGGUGCUAAUGGAAAGUAUGGUAAGCGGUCACAAGUACAAUGUAUUCAGAGAACGUUUGGCUGACAAACUGGAACUUAUACAUUUCGACCCAUGGAUAGGCCAAAUGUCCGUAUAUAAGGAACGGAAGAAGAUAAGGAGUGCAAAUGUUAAGAGAUUCACUGAACCUACGUAAAUUUUUUUGUUACUAGAUAAAUAUUUGUAAUAAUUCAUAAAAUGUAGAAUACUUAUAUUUAUAAUUUCAAACUGUUGUAAAAUAAAUAAAUAAAUAUUUAAAAAAUUAAAGGCCUUUGAUUUAAGUUCUAUAGAAAAAAAUGUGUUUCAUGUUCAAAUGGUAUACUGUGAAAAAUAUGUGCGUAACUUGUUUAUUAUUAUUAUCUGUUUGUCAAUUUUUAACUCGGUGUCUGUAUACUUGAUCCAAACACAAUAAUUGGUAUAUCAUCAAAUACAUUAAAAUUCAAACAAGUGAUUUAACAUUUUAGCAUUAUUGUUAUCUACCAAUUCAAUUUUAAUAUGGAUCAAGAUUUUUAUAAUGAGUUUUAAAG